AUGGACAUAAAUACAGCAUUACCUGAUCCAAAUGCCUACAACCCAUACAUCAAUGAAAUGAUAGUGGAUCAAAUGAACCGGGUGAAUGUAGAUGUUUCAACCAGGGUGUCAGAUGAUAUAAUAGCCCCUGGUAUUAUGAGGCCCGUCAACUCAGCACUUCAGGAUGGAUGUUUCCCCAGUGCAGUACCUGAUGUGAACGGGUACAACCCCUACAUGAAUGAGAUGAUAGUGGAUAAAAUGAAAGGGGUGAACUUUGGUGUUUUACCCAAGGUGUCAGAUGAGAUGACAGGCUUCAAUGUUAUGGGACCACCCAUCUCAGCACCACUGGAGACAAAGGAUACAAGUGUGGUGAACACUCCUGUGUGCCAACAUAUUUCAGCUCCACAAGAAGCAAGUGUCCCCAGUUUGGUGUAUCCUCCAACACCACAGGUAACAACUGGAGCCACCUUCAUGCCACCACGUGUUUCACCAGCAGAAGAAAUAAGUGUUCCUAGUUUGGUGUAUCCUCCAAUUUCAGCUGGACAGGGGGCUAAUACACCCAGUUUGGUGCUCCCGCCUAUUUCCAUUGCUCAUGAAACUGGAGCACUCCCAUUGCUUAGCCCUCCUAUUGUGCCAACCAUGGCCGCACCAAGAGCAGCCACUUUACCAAACCCCUAUGUAACAGCUCCACAGAAAACAACAGCCACUCUGCUUUAUCCCUCAAUAUUGGCCCAGGAGGAAACAAGACCCCCUUCAUUCCCCCAGGCCACGGUUGCCCACCUGCAUCAGUGCACUGGUCGGAAUGCAGAAGCAUUCCAUGUGAAUGAGGAGAACAGAAGAACACCCUAUAUGAUUCCACUGGUCUCCCAAAGCAUUAUGGGAGUGCCACAUAUGUAUGUUCAACCACAACAACCCCAGUUCAUUCACAGCUGGUCCAGAGAAGCAUGUAAGUUGAAUAAUGAUUGGUUGUAAAAGGACAAUAUACAGUUGAAGUCGGAGGUUUACAUACACUUAGGUUGGAGUCAUUAAAACUUGUUUUUCAACCAAUCCACACAUUUCUUGUUAACAAACUAUCGUUUUGGCAAGUCGGUUAGGACAUCUACUUUGUGCAUGACACAAGUAAUUUUUCCAACAAUUGUUUACAGACAAUUAUUUCACUUACAAUUCAAUGUAUCACAAUUCCAUUGGGUCAGAAGUUUACAUACACUAAGUUGACUGCCUUUAAACAGCUUGGAAAAUUCCAGAAAAUGAUGUCAUGGCGUUAGAAGCUUCUGAUAGGCUAAUUGACAUCAUUUGAGUCAAUUGGAGGUGUACCUGUGGAUGUAUUUCAAGGCCUACCUUCAAACUCAGUGCCUCUUUGCUUGACAUCAUGGGAAAAUGAAAAGAAAUCAGCCGUCAUACUGCUCAAGAAGGAGACACAUUCUGUCUCCUAGAGAUGAAUGUACUUUGAACGUAAAGUUGUGGCAAAAUGGCUUAAGGACAACAAAGUCAAGGUAUUGGAGUGGCCAUCACAAAGCCCUGACCUCAAUCCUAUAGAAAAUGUGUUGGCAGAACUGAAAAAGUGUGUGCGAGUAAGGAGGCCUACAAACUGGAUUCAGUUACACCAGCUCUGUCAGGAGGAAUGGGCCAAAAUUCACCCAACUUAUUGUGGGAAGCUUGUGGAACGCUACCCGACACGUUUGACCCAAGUUAAACAAUUUAAAGGCAAUGCUACCAAAUACUAAUUGAGUGUAUGUAAACUUCUGACACACUGGGAAUGUGAUAAAAGAAAUAAAAGCUUAAAUAAAUAAUUCUCUCUACUAUUAUUCUGACAUUUCACAUUCUUAAAAUAAAGUGGUGAUCCUAACUGACCUAAGACAGGGAAUUUUUACUAGGAUUAAAUGUCAGGAAUUGUGAAAAACUGAGUUUAAAUGUCUUUGGCUAAGGUGUAUGUAAACUUCCGACUUCAACUGUAGUAUGCUCUUUUUGAUCAUACCUACCCAAAUGUACCAAUUGUAGUUCAUCACCCUCUUUGUGUUGUUAUUGUCAGUAACCCCCUUAACAAAUCUCCUCUAUUAUCAUCCUGUAGAUUCACAAAGGCCAUGUGACACAGCACCUACUGGAGCCAUGCCAGAGUGCCAGUAUGUUACACCUGAAGCAUGUGGUAGCACCUGGAGACUCUGCCACCUGGCACGCCCUGAGACUAUGGCCGGGAUGCCAACAGCUGUGGCUUUCCCAGGAGGAUCUAGGAUUGUGAUUGGCUGUGGGCAAGACUACAACCCUGACCAGACCAACUUGCCAAUGUACCAGAACUUUGGGCCCUGUUUCAGCUCCCAUCACGUAUAUAUGGGUGGUGCCAGCUCGUUUCAAACCAUCUGCCCAAUGAGUGGUGCCUACAUGCCAGUCAUGCCUACGGCCCCUACCUUCGAACCCUCAGACCAUCGCUGCUACCAGGGUUCCCCUGAUGUGAUCCCUCCACAUUAUGUACGGAUCAACAGCCCAACUCACAGUGUUGCCUCUUACCCUUGCCCAACUCCAUCAUCCCCACAUUAUGUACGGAUCAACAGCCCAACUCACAGUGUUGCGUCUUACCCUUGCCCUAUUCCAUCAUCCAUGCAGCCCCAGGGCUUUGCCUAUGCUCCUGUCCACAUGUAUGGUACCCGCAGUGAAACUGGGAAUGCAAUGUCAUCCACCUUCAAU